UCUUUUACGCGAAAAAAGAAACCUAGCCUCACACCACUCGCCGCCGCCAUGGCGGCAUGCAGCCCUUCACACACCUUCCUCCGUGAGGCCGAGCUCCGCCUCCUGCGCUGUACCCUCCCCACCGCAGCAUCCCGACCACCGCCCCCUUCACCUCCCCCAGUCCAUCCGCUCGGCCCCGUCGCCGCCUCCGCCCUCGCCGCUGUCGAGCUCGGGGACUAUGCGGCUGCGCUCGCCUGCGCUGUCCCGCACAUCCUCCGCGCCUCUGCCUCAACCGAGGCUGACCAUGACUCCCCUGCGCAGUUCUACGGCCACCUCGCUGCCGCUGCCGAGGUGUUCGUCCUGUGGGAUGUCGGAGGGGGGGCGGCGGACGAGGGGUUCGAGUGCAGGUGCGCGCUUGUUCUCUCGGCAGCGGCGGCGGCGCUGCUCGCAUUCACGCAGCAGAACGUGACAGGGCCUCCAGGAAAAUAUCCACCCCUUCCUUUCUUUAUUAGUACAUCAUUGGAUGCCGGGUGGUAUAGUGAUGCUGGAGGCAAGCAGGAUCAAUGGGCUUCCUUUGAUUCACAUGCUCAUGGGAAAUUCGUUCCUUUCCGGACCUCAUCAUUGGACGAAAGGUGGUAUAGUGAUCCUGGAGGCAAAUGGGAGGCAUGGGCUUCCCAUCAUUUAGCUUCUUUUGGUUCCCAUGUUCAUGGGAAAUUCUUGCUCUUGCAGUUCAUUGUCUUUGCGGAACUUCUGUUGACAAGCAUAAAGAGCCUAGACUAUGAUUUUUGGAGUGUAUCAUGGUGGCUGUGCAGAUUGUCCAUGUCCCAGCAGAAUAUUUUAGAUGAGCUAUCAUCCUCUUUGUUUGAUCAAGUACAGGUGUACAAAAAUAAAAUGUUGGCCCACUUUGGUGAACUUGAAAUGGUUUCUAGCUACUGGGGUUCUUUCUUAGGUGAUGGAGAAGGCUCUUCCUUAGUCUCAGCUGCUCUUUUAGAAGCUGGACUUGCAGAGUAUAAGUAUGGUCGAGUUGAUGCUUCAAGGUUGCAUCUGGAUAGUGCUCAAGAGGUAUGUGGGAUUCAUCUUUCCCUCACAGGGAUUCUUGGUUUUCGAACAAUACACCAGGUGGAUGCGAAGUCCCAAAUGGUACUGAUUACAAAGACCACUAAACCAGCAGCUGAUGAGGGGCAAACAACAGAACAAAGAGGAGCUCCGGAUGAUGUUGUGGCUUUGAGAAAGAUGAGGAGCUCUGUUCCUGGUGAAAGUGAUGAAUUUUGUGAUAUACUAAGAACGCCUUUGCUUGCAGAAAAUGUGAAUGACUCGAAUAGUGGAAGCACACAUAUAUCAUUAACUCUGGUCCAGCAGGCUGCUGUACUUGCACAAUGUUUACAUGUGAGUCGGAGGAGUCGGGGUGAUGAAAUGUUAGGAUGGGAGAUGGCACCAUACAUAGAGUCAAUUGAUUCUCAACAUGAUUCGUGCUAUGCGAUCAGGAGCUUGUGUGAUUUUCUGCGUAUUAGGUGGGAGUCCACCCGCAGUCGGACAAAACAGCGUGCGCUGUUAAUGAUGGAGAAUUUGAUUGAAGAAACAAACAAAGAAUUUCCAGUGGCUUCAGAAAGAGCCAGAUUGGUUUUUGGAGUCCACACGCCGACUCUUCCUGCAUUAAGGAAAGAAUAUGGUGAACUGUUGAUAAGUUGUGGUUUACUUGGAGAAGCCCUGAAUGUUUUCAAAGAUCUCGAAUUGUGGGAUAAUCUUAUCUAUUGCUAUCGAUUAUCGGGUAAAGUUGCUGAUGCAGUUAGUCUAAUAAAUACACGGCUCUCCAUUACACCGAAUGACCCAAAAUUAUGGUGUUCACUUGGUGACGCUACAAAUAACGACAAUUAUUAUAAGAAAGCAUUGGAUGUCUCCAAUAACAAAUCUGCUCGAGCUCUGCGUUCUCUGGCUCGUAGUGCGUACAACAAGAAUGACUUCUAUACAUCCAAAUAUUUUUGGGAAUCUGCAUUGGCAUUGAAUUCGUUGUAUCCAGAUGGCUGGUUUGCCUAUGGUACAACUGCAUGGAAGGAUCAAGAUCUUGAGAAGGCUUUGGAUGCUUUUAGUCGUGCUGUGCAGAUAGAUCCUGAAAAUGGAGAAGCAUGGAACAAUAUAGCUUGCCUGCACAUGAUUAGAGGGAGAAGUCGAGCGUCAGUCCAGUCAUUCAGGGAGGCUGUUAAGUUCAAGAGGAAUAGUUGGCAAGUUUGGGAAAAUUACAGUAAGGUUGCUUUGGACACACACAAUAUUCGACUGACACUUGAAGCUAUCAAAAUGGUAUUAAAUUUGUCCUCCAACCAGCGCUUCAAUGUUGAUCUAUUGGACAAGGUGAUGACCACCCUCGAAGAACAAGCUACUCAUCUUAAUGAUACUCAAGAAGCUAAAUCCAUAGGCAACACUUCAGAUGAUUCAAAUAAAGAGGCCAGACAAUCGAGUCAAUUAUUAGAUAUAAUUGGUGAUAUCCUUGAGCAGAUUUUAAAUAGUGGGGCUAGCGUUCCGGAGAUAUGUGGAUUAUCUGCUAGAUACCAUAAGAGCAAGGGCAACCUCGAGAAAUGUUCUAAAGCUUUGCGCAAUCAAGUUCAAUAUCUAAAGGGUUCAGAAUUAUGGCAUGAUCAUAAGAAGUUCAAAAAGUUUGCUCAAGCUUCUUUGCAGCUUUGCAAGUUCUACAUGGAAAUUUCAUCCACGGCAGGAAGCAAACGAGAAUUAUUGUUAGCUGAGAUGCAUCUUAAAAGCUCCUUGAAAGAGGCCAUGGACUUUGUAGGUUCAGAGGAGUAUAAAGAACUUGCUGAUUGCCUUGUUGAAUUAAAGGACCUGAUUGGUGCUGCCUAGACUUUUGAGAGCGAACAAAAAAAAGAGGCGAGUGCCCCAUGCGGCUCUCACGAGCGACCCGGGCGCAACCCUAGCUCCCCGCCGCGGCCAGCCCUCACCUCCCCUCUCUCCUCCCUCGCCGUCGCCAUAGAAUGCCGCCCGACAGAGCUUGCGCGUUGGCGGCGGGGGGCGGGGGGGCUUUUCCCUUCCCAUGAGGCGGCGGCCUUGUGGGGGUGUGCGGCGCGGCUCGGCGGGGUGCAUCGGUCCGGCGGUGGUUUGAGGUGGCAGCGAGGGAAGGCGCCGGUGCUCUCUUGCACCGGGUGGCGUGAGGUGGCCAUGGCGCGUGGCGUGGCCAUGUGCGGGGCGGAGCAUCGAUCUGGCGCUGCUGCGGGCUGGCUCGAGGUGGACGCAUCGGGCGAUUGCAUGGUCAUGCAGAGAGGUGCAACAUGGGCGAUGUGGGCCUUCGGGCGGUGUGGUGCUGUGUUUGGCUGUCGUGGUUUGCUCGGGUUGCUCGGAGGCCUUGUGCGGCGAUGGCUCGUCUCGAAGUGCUUGCUCCCGUUGUCGCUGGCGGGCGCGUGGACUACCGUGGUGGUCCAUGGCCUCGGGCGGCCCUCCUCCCUGCAUUUCCGGCGUGGUGCUCGGUACGCGUGGUAGCUCGUGUCGUGUCCAGUUGUCUUGCUUCGGUUGGGCGUCAACGUAUCUGCUGGCCUUCGUGGCGGUACGGCCGUCGUUGGCCUCCGUGAGGUGCGUGUGGUCGCUUUGUCUGUGAUGUGCUUGUUCGGUGGUGGUGGCAGGGGUAAUGUGGUGGGCCCUUGUGCCGGAGGUUGGUCUCUUGUGGGCUCCAUGAAGUGCGGCUCCGCCCCUCCCCCUGGGCAUGGGUCCGACCAUUAUGGCCUCUCUAGGGGUAACCCUUGAUCUUGUGAUUGGACGAUGGCGGCGCUUCGGUGUGUCGUUCCUCUCUUGGGGGCUUCGUCUUAGAGCUCGGCAUCGGCAAGCGGGAUCAAUGGUUUGCAGUGGCUGCGGCGGCAAGACUUUUGUGGCAAUGAUGAUGGUUGGAGCGAUGUCGGCAGCGCGACAAUGGUUGCGGUAGUUGGCUCUUCUUCGGUUUGUCCGUGGUAUUGCCUUGGUUUGUUUGUUGCUGUGGAGUCGAAGUUGUGGCGGGGCUGUGGUAUAAAAUGUUUGGGUGCAGGUGGCCCGUUCGGUGAUCUUCGGCGGCUCCAACCGUGCCUGGAUUUGUCCUUCAGAGCUCUUCGUCAGAGUCGGAGUUGCGUUGUUUGGCCAUAAGUGGCUGAGCUCAUUUGCUUAGAGUGUAGUGAUGGCGAUUCCGUGAUGACUCCUCUAGGGGAGGAGUGAUGACGAUGACGCCUGCGUGCUGUCUCACCAGGCCCUCUUUGUAGUGGUGUGCGUGGAGUUUCUUAUGUGUGCCGCUCAACGGUUGUGAUGGUUUUCGUCCGGUUCUCCAUAAUUAACUGGCUUAUCUGGUUUUUGUUCAGUUUUCCCUAAUUAAUGACUAAGCAACUCUUUUCUUCUUAA